CUUCAGGAAGUCAGCCCGUGGGACAUUGCGCUUUGCGUGACAGGGACUCUCAUUUCCUGCGAGAAUGCCCUGGUGAUCGCUGUGCUGUUCUACACACCGACGCUCCGCGCUCCCAUGUUCAUCUUGAUUGGAUCGCUGGCGGUGGCGGAUCUCCUGGCCGGCCUGGGCCUCAUCUUGAACUUUGUCUUCACCUAUCUGAUCGACAGCUCGGUGGAGUUCGUGACAUUGCUGUCCGUUGGACUGUUGAUCUCGGCCUUCUCAGCGUCUGUCUUCAACAUCCUCGCCAUCACGGUCGACCGGUACCUCUCGCUUUACAACGCCCUGACCUACCACACUGAACGGACAGUCACCUUCACCUACAUCAUGGUGGUCUUCAUCUGGGUGUCGUGCCUCACGCUCGGCCUGUUGCCGGCGCUGGGCUGGAACUGUCUGAGAGACGAGAGCACGUGCAGCAUCUGCCGACCGGUCACUAAAAACAACGCCGUGGCACUCGCCGUCACUUUCUUAUUGGUCUUUGCCCUCAUGAUGCAGCUCUACCUUCAAAUCUGCAAAAUCGCCUUCCGCCAUGCACAGCAGAUCGCGGUGCAGCACCAGUUUGUGGCCAUCUCCACCACCAAAGGUGUCUCCACACUGUCGGCCAUCCUGUGUGCCUUCGGGGUGUGCUGGCUGCCGUUCGCCAUGUACUCCAUUGUGGCUGACUCCAGCUACCCCGUAAUAUACACCUACGCCACGGUCCUCCCAGCCACCUGCUGCUCUGUAAUCAACCCCAUCAUCUAUGCGUUCCGAAACCCAGACAUCCAGAAGUCGCUAUGGAUGGCCUGCUGUGGGUGUGUCCCCUCCAACCUCUCCUUAAGACCCAGGACCUCCAGUGAUGUGUAGCAGGGAAGGUUGGUGUCUCCUUAGUGUGAUGCUUGAGGUCGAGUCAGGGUUGGAGGAACAAGAGGUGGCGAGGACGAAAGAGGAAAGAGAUUUCCUCUGCUUCUCAUAUCGGGGCAGGCUGAUGGCGAACACUCAGCUGGCCGCUGUAGAUGUGGCACUGGUGGAUGAUGGAGAAGAGGAUGAUGCAUGGUCAAAAAAAGGAAAAAAAAGAAAAACGA